CUCAAUAAUCCUUGAAACACCAAAAACAUCUUUUGACAACAACAAUGGCUUCAAAGAACUCGGCAUCUGUUGCUCUUUUCUUUGCCCUCAACAUCCUUUUCUUCACCUUAACCGCUGCAACUGAUUGUGGAUGCAACCCAAGUCCUAAGGUCCCAAGUCCUAAGGUUCCAAGUCCUAAAGUUCCAAGUCCCAAGGUUCCAAGUCCUAAGGUCCCAAGUCCUAAGGUUCCAAGUCCAAAGGUUCCAAGUCCAAAGGUUCCAAGUCCUUCAGUCCCAAGUCCUUCGGUCCCAAGUCCUAACCCUAGGCCGGUCACGCCUCCGAGCACCCCUGGCUCAUCUGGAAACUGUCCUAUUGAUGCUCUCAGACUCGGUGUAUGUGGAAAUGUCCUAAGCGGUCUACUCAACAUCCAGUUGGGUCAGUCUUCAUCUCAACAAUGUUGCUCGCUCAUCCAAGGUUUGGUUGACGUCGACGCUGCGAUUUGUCUUUGCACUGCUUUGAGGGCUAACGUUCUUGGCAUCAACCUUAACGUUCCCAUAUCCCUCAGCGUUCUUCUCAACGUUUGUAACAGAAAGCUCCCAUCUGGUUUCCAAUGUGCUUGAAAUAUAUCAGCUACUCGCUCGCAUAGUGUUCUCUUGAAAAUCACUACAGUUUGAAUAAUUGCAUGCAUGUACGCAAGUU